AUGUCAACUGACACAUAUAUUGCCAAACUUAAUGAAGCUUUACAAACCAUCAAGGUCAAACUUCCCUUGGAUCUCUCUUCCCCAAGAGUUCUCAUAAUCUGUGGUUCUGGACUCGGAGGUAUUGCUUCUAAGAUCUCAUCACCACUUGAAAUAGCCUACUCUGAUAUCCCAGGCUUCAAAGUGUCGACGGUUGCCGGCCAUGCUGGGAAACUUGUAUUUGGUACUAUGGGGUCCAACGCCGUGCCAGUGAUGUGUAUGGUUGGUAGACUCCAUUUUUACGAAGGUUACGAAUUUAACGAUACUAAUUUCCCAGUGCGUUUGGCAUCGUUGUUGGGGGUCUCCACCAUGAUCGUGACCAAUGCCGCUGGUGGCUUGAACACCGGUUACAAAGCUGGGGAUUUGAUGAUCAUCGAUGAUCAUCUCAAUUUGCCAGGUCUUGCAGGGUUCCACCCAUUGAGAGGUCCAAACCUUGAGAUGUUUGGGCCAAGAUUCCAACCAUUAUCCGAUGCUUAUUCUCUCAAGCUUCGUCAGUUGUUUUUCCAAAAGAAACUUGCCCUCAACAUCACCAGAACCAUCCAUGAAGGGACCUACGUGUUUGCUGCGGGGCCAACUUUUGAGUCGCGUGCCGAAGUUAGAAUGCUCCGUGUAUUAGGUGGCGAUGCGGUAGGAAUGAGUACCGUCCCAGAAGUCAUUGUUGGACGUCAUUGUGGACUUGAAGUAUUGGCAGUGUCAUUGAUCACCAACGAAGGAUUGGGGGCCAAACCUGCCAGUGCGUUCGACAAAGAACCAGAAAGGUUGGAUAAAGGAAUGGCCAGUCAUGACGAAGUAUUGGAAAAUGCCAAUGCUGCAUCAAAGGAUGUGCAAAUGUUGGUUAGUGAAGUGGUCAAUGAGUUGUAA